GGAAGUAAUACAGUCAAACCACGCAUCCUGUGUUCCUCCUCUGCUUUAGUGUUUAGUCUACAUUUAUUUGAACUAAAUAGAUUCAGACUCGAUGUAUUUCAGUAUUUAGUCAACAAAGAUGUUUUGUGGCCCAAUCAUCGCACGUUGGAAGAAACAUCUGUGGAAUAGUGUUAUAUUUUGUUACCUUCUUUCAGGUACCUGGUCACAGAUUAACGUUGUCCAGCAACCGGAUGUGGUUUUAAUCAAACUGUGUGGAAAUGCCAUGUUAAACUGCGUAUUCACCCAUACCCCCGACAUGAAAGUCUCCAACAAGCCGAUUCUGUACUGGGAGUUUAUGAGUCAGAACAAAUCAAGACUGUUUCCCAACCAAGAGCCACAAUACAACGGCCGUGUGGAUGUUCUGGACGAUGUUCAAAGUUCACCCAACAAGUCUAUUCUUUUUAGGAAUGUUCGGUGGGAAGACAGUGGGAAAUAUCAAUGCAUGCUUUCAUAUGAGAGGGAUGGAGAUAGUGAAAGGAAGAGGGGAGCAGGAGUUAAACUCUUAAUUUACGAUUCUGCUAUCUUUGAUGUCCUUCCUGAGAGUAAGGACCAGCUUCGGUGUGCCAUAAAUGUCUCUCAGGAUCCAGGAUUGAACUUGUCAAUGUACCAUAAUGGAGUGCCAAUAGACACAAGAAGAAAUGACACCCUCUUUAGCCCUUUUAGACAGCUGUCUGUAUACAUCCCCUUGAAAGAGGCUGGUAACUAUGAGUGCAAGCUUAACCUGGCAUCCAAACUGAUACUGAACCGCAACUACUCUUAUUACCCUGAAGAGAAGAUUCUCCCCGAGCCUUGGAUCCUGUACGUGGCCAUCGUCUCAAUCCCUUUCACUGGAAUUUUGAUCCUGCUCACUGCCUGUGUCUUUAAGUUUAGAAGCAGGGGCGCCUCAUAGGGGGGAAAAGUUAGGACAAUUCCAAGGGCCCCUGACUGACGGGGGCCCCAAAAAAUGAAAAACGAAUAGAAAUUAUAAACAAACAAAAAAAUGCUAUCAUGGGGCUUAAAAUUCCUGGUGGCGCACCUGUUUAGAAGAGAGUACAUUUGUUAGCCAACAUUGAACUUGAACUUACUGAACUUUUAAUUAUAGUUUUUGCAGCAAAAUGUUUUGGGCUUUUUUAGCAAAACUCUGAACUGUAGCAAGUUUCCUUCAACCAGGCAUGUCUGUGGCCAGCAGUUCUCUGGGUACACAGGGUGAUCCCAUCUUUUUUACAAAUCCUUCAUGACAACUGUUAUCCAAGAUGUCCUACAGUUUUAGCUAUAUUAAAUCAUUCUCUGUGA